UAUGGUCAGUCCUUUUUUCAACGUGUCUAGCAAUCGAGAUGGCCGUGACACAGCCAGCAAAAAACGUCAAGCGGCCCACGAAGGCAAAGUCCAAAGGCAAGAAGAAAAAGGUGCAGACCAAGUUCGUCAUCGACUGCACGCAUCCAGUCGAAGAUGGCAUCAUGAAAGUGGCGGAAUUCGACAGCUACUUGCGUGAACGCAUCAAGUACAAUGGGAAGACUAACAAUCUGUCUGGGGUGAUCACAGUGGACAAGGACAAGAACAAGGUCACUGUCACCGCCGAGGUUCCCUUCUCAAAGAGGUACCUAAAGUAUCUGACAAAGAAGUACCUGAAGAAGAACAACCUUCGGGACUGGCUCCGAGUGGUGGCCACCACAAAGGAUGCCUUUGAGCUGCGGUACUUCCAGAUCAACAAUGAGGAAGAGGAAGAUGAUGAGGACAAUGACUGAUUCAAGACUAAUAAAAACGUGUCAUUACCGUCUGGAGCCCACCAGGCAGGCACAGUGUUCUCUUUAC